UCCUACUAAGCCAUUCAGCCAGUCAGUCUGCAGACUGAGAUUUUAUCAAGUGGGAGGCGCUGUUUAUUUGUGGAGUAACCGAUUAUCAAAAGGUUUGUCAAAGCAACUCUUGCAGACCAAGUAUGCUUUUGAGACAUUUUGGUAAAGUAUGGCUAAACUUCUCAGGUCCUCGGUUUUGCAGCAAAUCAGAAGCCUGUGUCUCUCGUGGAAUAGCACUGACAACGGCACAUUCGGGUCAAAGAAAUGACAGAAGGAAAACACAAAUUACCUGCUCGAGAGGAAUGUCAGGGAAGAACUACAACGUGCCACCAAGCGCAGAAUUUGUAGCAAGAGUUUCUGGAAUCGCCACGAUGGGUAAAUUGCCGUACCGAGAGACCGCAGAAGGUUUAGACGCAGCGUUUGUUGGAGUUCCCAUUGACACUGGCACCUCAAACCGACCCGGAGCAAGGUUUGGUCCACGCCAGAUCAGAUCCGAGUCUGCAAUGCUCAGGGCAUACAAUAGUGGCACUAGGGCAGCACCUUAUGAAUCCCUGGUGGUUGCUGAUAUUGGUGAUGUCAAUGUCAAUGUGUACGACCUGAAAGACACCUGCAAACGAAUUCGAGAAGCUUACCACAAAAUCUUGGCCACUGGUUGCAUUCCUCUGACCAUGGGAGGAGAUCACACCAUAGCAUAUCCAAUUCUCCAAGCAGUGGCUGCCAAACACGGGCCAGUUGGUCUAAUCCAUGUGGACGCCCACGCUGACACAAGUGAUGUCGUCUUGGGUGAGAAGAUUGGUCAUGGGACACCCUUUCGACGUUGUGUGGAGGAGGGGCUUCUAGACUGCAAGAGGGUGGUCCAAAUAGGUCUGCGUGGAACAGGCUACUCCCCAGACGCCUAUAAGUGGAAUCGUGCUCAGGGUUUCCGCGUUGUCCAAGUAGAGGAGUGCUGGCACAAGUCACUAGUGCCCCUCAUGGCGGAAGUCCGUGCUCAGAUAGGGAGUGGGCCGGUGUACCUCAGCUUUGACAUCGAUGCUCUGGACCCAGCCUACGCUCCAGGCACAGGGACACCAGAGAUCGCCGGCCUCACACCUAUCCAGGGUCUGGAAAUCAUCCGUGGUUGCCGUGGGUUGAACCUCGUUGGCUGUGAUUUGGUGGAGGUUUCUCCACCAUACGACACCACAGGUAACACUGCAUUGACAGCUGCCAACCUCCUCUUUGAAAUGAUGUGUGUCCUUCCCAAUAUAAAGUAUUAUUGAUUUUCUCGAUAGCUGCUUUUGAUGAAAAUGUGAUCUUUAAUUGUUCUCUGUGUUGCCAUGUAAUUUAAUAAAGUUUGCA